AUGUCGGCCGCACCCGGCCUCCUGCACCAGGAGCUGUCCUGCCCGCUGUGCUUGAAGCUGUUCGACGCUCCCGUGACGCCCGAAUGCGGCCACAGCUUCUGCCGCGCUUGCCUGUGCCGUGUGGCUGGGGAGCCGGCGGCGGACGGCACCGUGCCCUGUCCAAGCUGUCAAGCACCCACGCGGCCGCAAGCGCUCAGCACCAACCAGCAGCUGGCGCGCCUGGUAGAGGGGCUGGCGCAGGUGCCGCAGGGCCACUGCGAGGAGCACCUGGACCCGCUCAGCAUCUACUGCGAGCAGGACCGCGUGCUCGUGUGCGGUGUGUGCGCCUCGCUCGGUUCGCACCGCGGCCACCGCCUGCUGCCCGCCGCCGAGGCCCACUCGCGCCUUAAGACGCAGCUCCCCCAGCAGAAACAGCAGCUGCAGGAGGCGUGUAUGCGCAAGGAGAAGAAUGUGGCCGUCCUGGGGCAUCAGCUCAAAGAGGUGGAGGAAACAGUGCGUCAGUUCCGGGGGGCCAUAGGGGAGCAGUUGGGCAAGAUGAGGGUGUUCCUGGCUGCAUUGGAGGGCUCGUUGGACCGUGAGGCAGAGCGUGUGCGGGAAGAGGCUGGGGCCGCCCUCCGGCGGGAGCUGGGGGGCUUGAACUCUUACCUGGAGCAGCUGCGGCAGAUGGAGAAGGUGCUGGAGGAGGUAGCUGACAAGCCACAGACUGAGUUCCUCAUGAAAUAUUGCCUGGUGACCAGCAGAUUACAGAAGAUCCUGGCAGAUUCGCCACCUCCUGCCCGCUUGGACAUCCAGUUGCCUAUCAUCUCAGAUGACUUCAAAUUCCAGGUGUGGAGGAAGAUGUUCCGGGCUCUGAUGCCAGCGUUGGAGGAGCUGACCUUUGACCCGAGCACAGCGCACCCGAGCCUAGUAGUGUCAUCGUCAGGUCACCGUGUGGAAUGCUCGGAGCAGAAGGCGCCGUCGGCCGGCGAGGACCCGCGGCAGUUCGACAAGGCCGUAGCGGUGGUGGCCCACCAGCUGCUCUCCCACAACGAGCACUACUGGGAGGUGGAAGUGGGCGACAAGCCACGCUGGGCACUUGGCGUGAUUGCGGCAGAUGCCAGUCGCCGUGGCCGGCUGCACGCUGUGCCCUCGCAGGGCCUCUGGCUAGUAGGGCUUCGCGAAGGCAAGAUCCUGGAGGCACACGUCGAGGCCAAGGAGCCACGCGUGCUGCGCACAGCGGAGAGGCGGCCAACGCGCAUAGGUAUCUACCUAAGCUUCAGCGAUGGCGUCCUUAGCUUCUACGAUGCCAGCGACACAGAUGCGCUCGUGCUGCUCUUUGCCUUCCACGAGCGCUUGCCGGGGCCGGUGUACCCCUUUUUCGACGUGUGCUGGCAUGACAAGGGCAAGAACGCGCAGCCGCUGGUGCUAGUCAGGCCAGGUGGAGAGGAGGCCUGA